AUGUACCGGCAGGUGUUGGUAGCACCGGAAGACAGAGACUACCUGAGGAUUUUGUGGAGAGAAAAUUGUGAUGAGGACAUCCAAACUUACCGACUCACAACUGUGACUUAUGGCACAGCUUGUGCACCUUAUCUUGCAACCCGAGUACUUCACCAAAUAGCGCAGGAUUACGAGGCUGAAUUCCCAAGGGCCUCCCAGGAAAUUUGUAAAGGAUUCUACAUGGAUGACUUUUUGGGAGGGGCUGAUUCGCUGGAGGAAGCCAAUCAGCUGAGAAAUGAAAUUCAAACAAUUCUUGCAAAGGGAGGGUUUAAUCUACGCAAAUGGGCUUCAAACUCUUCGAAAAUUCUUGAUAGAAUUCCGUCUGAUUAUCAAGCUGUUACUCCGGAGGAUGUAGCACAUGGCUUGAAGAGACACACUGUGCUUGGAGUGGCAUGGUCGCCCGGUGAAGACACUCUUUCGGUCGUGGAUGAGCCACUUCCGUCAGUCUCAACCAUGAGGGAACUUUGCUGGGUGUCAGCAAAAAUUUACGAUCCUCUCGGGAUGAUAUCCCCAGUCACAGCAGCUCUCAGGAUACUUUUCCAGAAACUAUGGUCAUAUUCUAUUGGAUGGGAUGAUGAUCUGCCUGCUGAGGUCCUAGAAGAAUACAAUAUCAUCAAAGAAGAGAUCGAGUUUGUGAGUCAGGUAAAAUUGCCUAGAUUGAUUAACCCCUCAAAUUCACAGAUAGAGCUGCAAGGAUUUGCUGAUGCCUCGGAGAGAGGUUAUGGUGCAGUCAUCUAUGCUCGUGGACCAGAGCAAGAUCAGAGAUUCGUGGUGCGUUUCCUGAUCGCAAAAUCGCGCGUAGCGCCCCGCAAUGUCGUGACAAUUCCACGGCUGGAAUUGUGUGCCGCAUUGUUGCUCAGUCUUCUGGUUCAGAAGGUCAAACAGGCUUAUUCAUCACACAAUAUUACCGUGACAGCUUGGACUGACUCUCAGGUGGUGCUCCACUGGCUACAUGGCCAUCCAAGUAGAUGGAAGAUGUUCGUGGCCAAUCGAACAAAUCAAAUCCUGGAAGUAAUUCCAGCAUCUCAGUGGAAGCAUGUGGCUUCUCGUGACAAUCCGGCGGAUUGUAUUUCACGGGGGAUGACUCCCAAGGCGCUUGCGAAUCAUCCUCUUUGGCCCAGUGGACCAUCUUGGCUUCAAAACAACAGUGAUGAUUGGCCAGUGUCUCUCCCGAAUUUCAACAAUGAUGUUCUGACUGGAGAGGAGAAGCUUCCAGUCACUCAGUCUCUUGUGGUGCAAAAGACGUUAGAUCCCAAUGAAAUCUUCCUGAUGUUCUCGGAUGUGUCCAGGUUAAUUCGCUCCGUAGCUCACAUUUUACGCUGGAGACACAAACUGUCAAAAGGUGAUAACCUCAAUGUCACUGAGCUUGACACUGCGAGAAAUCAGCUGAUCAAAGUCGCGCAAAAAGAGUGUUUUUCAGAUGAGAUAAAGUGUCUUCAGCAAGGAAGAAUAUUACCGUGUGGUAGUAAGCUCUCUCCACUUGUACCCUUCCUGGACAGUGAGGGCAUUGUGCGUGUGAAAGGGAGAAUACAAAAUUCCAAGUUGGACUACAGUGCUCGUCAUCCGAUAGUGUUAUCCGGAAAGCAUUUGUUUACACUCAAAUUGAUUGAGAAAGCUCAUCAAGUGCAUCUUCAUUCGGGACUUACUCUCACUCAAAGUGUACUCAGAGAAAAAUAUUGGAUUAUUGGUGAGAGAAAGAGUGUAAAAUCAGUCAUAAACAAAUGUGUAAUUUGUUUCAAGGCCAAACCAAAGGGCCAAACACCGCAAAUGGGAAAUUUGCCGACAGUCAGAGUGCGCCAAGCACGUCCUUUUAUCAAUACCGGCUGUGAUUUUGCCGGGCCUUUCACCCUGCGUGCCAGCAAAUUAAGGAAAGCCGUACUCGUAAAAGGAUAUCUGUGUCUAUUUAUUUGUAUGGCUACAAAAGCGGUACACCUGGAAGUCGUGAGUGACUUGACAACUGAUGCUUUUAUCGCCGCUUUACGGAGGUUCACGGCGCGCCGCGGUCAUUGUGACAAUAUUUACUGCGACAACGCAAAGAAUUUUGUUGGUGCCGCUCAGCCCAGUGACAGUGGAGAUGUAAUUCAAGCUGUGAAGAAGCAUCGUGAUCGUGUUGUGAAUUUCAUGGCAGAAAGUGGCACCCAGUUUCAUUUCAUUCCUGCUUGUUCUCCCACAUUUGGUGGACUGUGGGAGCGUGGAGUGGCUAACGUGAAACAUCAUCUGAGGAGAGUGCUCUCCGACACGAAACUCACGUAUGAGGAAAUGUCUACCGUGGUGGCGGAGAUCGAGGCUUGCCUGAAUUCCAGGCCAUUGUGUCCAUUGUCGUCCAGCCCUGAUGAUUUCGAGGCAUUAACUCCAGGACAUCUGUUGAUCACUCAGCCACUCACAAUGUCACCUGGUCCAGAUUACUUAGCUGAAAAUCCAAAUCGUCUGACUCGUUGGCAGUUCUUACAGCGUCUGGUUCAAGAAUUCUGGAAAAGGUGGUAUUCAGAAUACGUGACGUCUCUUCAGCCUCGUCAAAAAUGGAGAAACAAUGAAGAGAACCUCAAAAUUGGUGAUCUAGUCUUGCUAAGAUCUGACAACUUUAAGGGAUUAUGGACUCUUGGUAGAAUCAGCGAAGUGCAUCCAGGAGCCGACUCCAUUGUCAGAGUAGUCACUGUGAAAACCCCAACUGGAACCUACCGACGUGCAGUGAACAGGUUGGCGAGACUUCCCAUAGAGUCUUGA